GAACCCAGUAGUAAGUUAGGAAUGGACGAAGCGCCGCGAAAGUCGAGGUACCGGGGCGUGAGCUGGGACAAACGUAGAAAGAAAUGGCAGGCUCAGUACAAAGUCAAGAUUACUGGUGGAGUUUGGAAGAACCUCCACGGCACCCUCUGCGAGCGCGAGGAGGAUGCGGCGGAGCAAUACGACGCCAUCGUCUACAAGCUGCGCGGCGAUGCGGCACAGCUCAACGCGCCGCUGUCUGAGGAGCGGCGCGCUGAGCUGGACGAGUUUGCGAGCGUGGAGAACCUGAUUCACUCGUGGCAGCAGACCGCAGCGAAGCACGCCUCGGGCGCGUCGUCGUACCGGGGCGUGACAUGGCAUAAGGGAAAGGGGAAAUGGAUGGCAAAGAUACGCGACGCCGGCAAGACAGUACAUCUCGGCUACUUCGAUAACCAGGAGGAGGCCGCGCGUGCCUACGACGCCGCUGCUCGCAGGCUCCACGGCGCGGCCGCCAAGCUCAACUUCCCGGUUGAGCCGGCCGCGGACGGGCCGCCUGCUGCUGCUCGGGCUGCAGCGGCGCCAUUGAUAGGUGGCGGGGCCGGAAGCACUGGCGGCAGCAGGGGCGGCCAGGGAAGCGACCAUAUCCAUGCCAAUGGCGGCAAGGGCGGUAGUGCGGGCGGCGGUGCCGCUGUUGGUUCUCGCCCACGAAGGCCGACGGUGCCAGCUGCACCGCCGCCGCCAUCAUCAGCACUGCCACCCAUGCACGGCUCCGACGCUGCAGCAGCCGCUGCAGAUGGGGUGACGGCGGCUGCGACUGCGGACGUACAGCAGACGGGGCAAGCGUUGCUGGAGGCGUCACGGUUGGCGGGCGUGGGAGGACAAGACCACGGCACACUGGAGCCUCCGGCGGCGGGCAGAGGCGCUGUAGCUGUAGCGACAGUCGACCCGGCAGCUGCAGCACGGCCAGGGGCAGCAGCGGCGGUGCAGCAGGAUAAGGCGGACUGCGCUCUGCCGGACCUUGUCGGCGCCACCGCAACAGCAGCUGAUACGGCUGCGCACGCGGAGGCUGCGGCAGCGGAGGUGGUGGCGGCGGCGGCGGCGGCGGCUCAAGAAGCAAGUGCAGGCGAGGGCGAGGCGGUGACCGGGUUGGAGGCGCCGGAAAGCGAGGACGGCGCCGGUGGCAGCAGCGGCAGCAGUAGCAGUAGCAGCUACAACAGCAUGUACGGCGGGGAGUGGGGCGACACGGAGGACUCCGAGGUGCUAUGGUCGGACGCGGCCAGUGACGGCGACAGUGACAGCGACUGGCUGCUGCAAUCUCCCCACCUCCGCCCCCUCCACGUGGCCACGGCCACGGCCAAGGCCACGGAGCAGCAGCCAUCGCCGCAGCAGCACGACAGCGGGGCAGACGGCGGCGCUGACGGCGGCGGCGGUAGCGGCAGCCGCGCCACUAGCCUCCCACGGCGUCAGCAGGGCGCAGCGGGUGUGGUACAGGGUCCGCCUGCGGAUGAGCCAGGCGGCGUGGGUGGGGACCAGCAACAGCCGACGGCGGUCACCCCCGUCACAGCCCUGCAUAUUGAUAUUGCGGCGACGUUGGGACCUGUUACAAGCAGCAGCCGGACUGCAGCAAUGGCGGCGGUGGCAGCCAUGGGCGCGCCGCCGAUAGGCGAGCAGCCAGAGGCGGCGCCACUGACGGCGCCGCUGUCGGCUGCCGGUGGCGCACGGACAGCCAUUGCUGACGCCCAGCCGCGCCACACCGCGGGGGCCAGCACGCCGCCUGCUCUGCGGGGCGCACGGCGGCUGCAGGCGUUGAUUGGGCCCGAAGAGGAGCUUGCGCUGCAGGAAGCUCUGCUGGACCUAAUCCACGCGGGCGAACCCCAGCCCCUGCAACAGCUGCAACAAGACCCCCACCAGCAGUACCAGCAGCAGAUGGAGGAGGAAGGGAUAGAGGCAGUAGCAGCAGGGGCUCGCGGCAAUGGCAGCGGCGGAGCCGCCGCGAAGGCUGUGCCGCGCGAUGCGGCCAGCCGCCGGCGGGGUACUGCUGACGCAGGCGGCGGCGGCAGCACAAUGGUGGCGGAUACGGUGGCGGGUGCGGCGGCGGCGGCGGCGUGUGGAGGUGUAGACAUGCUGCGGUCUGAGUAUCUGAGCCUGGCUGCUGACGAUGAGGACCGCGAGUUGCUGCUGCGCAUGCUGCCGCCGGCGCGAGGCGACGAGGAUGGCGGCGGCGGGCUGGGGCUGAGGCUGCUGGAAGGCAACUGGCGGGAGUGGUGGGACCCGCACGAGGGCCCCCGCCUGCUGCGCUCCCGCUGGUACGACCUGCCGGCUGACGACUCGGAACUGUGGGCGGGCGGCGUGUCAGAGCAGCUGAGGCGCCGGCACGACGCGGUCAUGUCACGACUCGAGCGCCUGGUGGCCGGCGGCGGCGGCGGCGGCGGCGGCGGCGGCGGCAGCGGCGGCGGCGGCGGCGGCAGCAGCGGCGGCGAGUGGCAGCAGACACAGGAGCAGGAUGAGGCACAGGGGCCGCCCACUGAUGGCACUGGCGCUGGCGGCAGCUGCGGCUGGCCGGGCGCGGCGGCAGGAAUGGCGGCAGCCGGACCCGCAGCGGCGGCUCACAACCCGUUCAACGACUGUGUUGACGGUGAUGGCGGCGAGUUGUCGCCGCCUCCGCAGCAGCCGCCGGCACAGGAGCCACGGCGCCGGCGCUACUUCCCCACCGCGGGCUGGGCGAUGUCGUUGUCGCAGCGGCAGCGGUCCCUUCACCGGCAGUUGCUGCAGCAGCUGCAGCAGCAGCAGGAGGAGGAAGAGGAGGAGGAGCAUGGAGGGAAAGCGGCGGCGGGUGUGGCCGCUGCAAGCGGUGGCGGUGGUAACAGCGUGGCUGGUGGCGGUGGUGGCGGUGCGGAGGGGCCCGGAGGCAGUCAUGGUGGCGGCGGCGCCACCGCUGCGGCGGGGAUGUGGGCGCCGCCGCCGCCCGAGUUCCUCCAUUUCCUGGCGGCUGGCGACAUGGCUGCGGCCGGGCAGGUGAUGCCGGCAGUAGCGCCCCUGCUGGUGGCGGCCGGCGUGGAGCCUGCUACAGCCGAGGCGGUGGCGGCGGGCCGGGUCGAGGCACUGCCGCCGCUGCCUGCUGCUGCUGCUGCUGCUGCUACGAGCAGUAUCACCGACGUCGUCAGGCUCGGCAGUAGCAGCAGCAACAGCGCUGGGCCGCGCGGUGAGCAGCCGCCGGCAGCUGCCGCUGACCCCCGCCGCAUCUCCUCCUACAACGCGGCGGCAGUGCUGCACCGGGCGGCCGUGGAGACGGCGAGACUGGAGGGCGCACCGCCGCCGCCCGAGCCCAACCGGUGGACGUACAUGGGCGAGGGCUCUCGCGGCCCCCGGGUGGCGGCGGGGCUGUCGGCGCUGGGUUUGGCGGCGCCGCCACCCUGGCUGGCCAACCCCCGGGAGCAGCACAAGGUCCUGCGCUACGCCUGCGAACAGCUGGAGGGUGACGUUCGCCGCCUGGUGUCACACAACGCCGCUUCCGCCGCCGCCGCUGGCGGGCCCCUGAGCGAGGCACGCGUGCUGGCCGAAAUGGAAGAGGAGAUUCGGCGCCUGACGGGCGACAAGCCCGAUGACGCCAUGGAGGUGGACUCAAAUGAAGAUGAAGAUGCGGAUGCGGAGGGCGAGGAGCAGGAGGAAGACAUUGAGGGAGUGCCGCUAGGCGCCGACAGGCCUUGGGAGUGGGCCCUGGCGCCGCCAGAGCCGCUGCCACCGCUGCCGCCACCUCAGCUCAGCUGGGAGGAGGCCGUGCGCCGCGCCGCCGCCGCUCUGCGCCGCCCCGUGCCCCACCCCAUCCCGCCGCCGCCCACAGCACCUGCCGCUGCUCCUGCCUCAGCAUGCGGCAGGGGCACGACGACGGCCACUGCCGCUGCGGUGGCGGCGACAGAGGCGGCGGCAGCAGCUGCCGGUGGCGGUAGCGGUGCAGCGGAGAUUGGAGCUGCUGCUGGCGCCGCCGCAGAAGCAGCAGCAUUUGUUGAUGCUACUGCCGACGAGGGCCUGCUACAGCUGCAGCGGUCGCUACAGGGGCUGGUGGGUCUGUACGGGGCACUGCCGGUUGCCCAGGAAGAGGUGGAGCAGGAGGAGGAGCAGGGGGAGGAGGCAGCACAAGGGGAGGGGCAGGAAGCAGGAGAGAAGGAACUUACGGAGCAGCAGCAGGAGCAGGCGCAGGAGAACGCGACGCCGGAGGCGGUGGCUGCAGCUGAGGUGCAGGAGCCGCAGGAGCAGCAGCAGCGGGAGCAGGAGCAGACGGCUGCAGAGGGCAAGGAAGAGGAAGAGGAGGAGGCGGAGGAGCACGGCCGGCCAGCCAAGCGGCCGCGGCUGCAGCCGCCGCCUGCAGACGCGGCUACUACAGCGGCCGAUGCCUCUGGUGCUGCUACGGUCACUGCCGCGCCGCUGCCGCAACUCCGAUUCGUGACGCUGGGGGAGGUGAACCUGGUGGAUCUGGCCCUCAGUCUGCAAGAGCGCAGCCGCCCCGGAGCUGUGCUGCAGCUGUGAGUUUGUCCAGCGUACGUGUGCGCGGGUCCGACGAAAGGCCUUCAGGUCGAGGGCAUGGCUUUCGGGGUGGCUGCGUGAAGAGCGCGGUGGAGCGCGCGCUAGCGUGUGGGUCCGGGCGCGCCCUCCGCUACAGAUAGCCCGCACAAGCGCAAGGCUCUGUGGCCGACAGGGUGGGCAUACGCGGGUGACUGGGCGGGUAAGUGUGGGUGACAAGGCGGGCAUUUGCGGGCGACAGGGCGGGCAAUGUCGGGCGACGGGACGGGCGAUUGUUGGCGACCGGCACCAGGCCGCUGCGUGUAGAGUGCGGUGGGCCGCACAAGACGAGGCCACGCGCAUCCAAAUAAGGCUCCGGCACAAUGCGAGGGAGAGAUUGCUGCAGCACAUGCACAGUACGGAACCGGUAGUUAUGGCAACGCGGGAUGGGUGAAUCAAGCCGCAGCAGAGCUAGAGGAGCGUUUGCUGCAUGGCACAGCAGGAUGCACCAAGGCGCGACGUGUCCAGAGCCACAAGGCGCGCCUGAUGAGUUACGGAUGAGUGUUUAUUAUAAUGGGAAUACAUACCACAUACAAGUCAGACAAGCAGGUAACAGAGAAGUGCGUGCAUGCCAACUACUGAAGGGCAUGCCUGCCAGGUGUGUGGUUUGGGGUUCGUGCGGCUGCAGCCAGCAGCAGUUACGUGGCGUCGUGUGGUCGGGCCGUAAGCUCACACAGGCAGGGGCGCUGCAUAUGUCAAUGCUUUGCUGCAUAGCUGAGUUAUGUGGAUGGUUUGCCGUAUAUCGUACCGUAUGCGCUGAAAGCUGCUAGCAGGCUUAAUGUCGGAGUCGGUGUCAAUGUACGGUAUUACAGGGUGUGAUAUGGUGUGGUGCACGGGCUGCCUUUCAUGUACCGCCGUACGGUAGGACUGUCACCAAAAGCGGCGCGGCUGUUUCACCUGUUUGUACAGUAUGAUCGAUGUUGUUAGGCAAUUUCGACGUCUGCGGCAGGCAGGGCAGGCAGCAGCGCCGCGCAAGAUGGUCUGUGGCCUGUGCGGCCACAUGUCGUACUGGGCACAUCUGCCUGCGUGUUUGUACUGCCUUUGUGUGUUCAUGCAUGUAGAUAGUCUUUUGGCGCAUGUGAUGCCCGGCCUGGGUCGGUGCCUGCGGUACGGUAUGGGCUUGCCCAUUGCUGGAUGCAUCCUUACGUCAUCCAAUAGCUAGUAACAACAUUAAGCAGCAUACCGUGCCGGUAACGUCGGCGAUUGGAGGCAGCUGGCAUCCAUUAUCUCACGGCAUCACCACCAUGCUAUGUUUUAUGUCGUGUGCGAGUCAAACUCGCUUACGAUGAUAAGAUGAAGCGGCGUGUGAUGAAUAAAUGCAUGGAUCAGGAGCCGCGCCAUGUGCCGCAACGCAAAGCAGGUCAGCAAAUGCCCUAGCUGGAUUUGCGUCGUGUGGAACUGUGGAUCAGUACGGGUCUUCGCAUGUCGUAGACAUUGAUCGACAGAGAUGCAUGUCUGGGUUGGUGUCGGCGAUGUGGGCAAUGAAUAAAGGCGCGCGGCGGUGCCCGACCUGUGUCCGCACACUGCUGCGGACCAGCUCGUGUGCGGCCUGGAUGCAUAAUGCACGCACCUGUAGAGAAUAUACUCAACGGACUCAAAUACGUAGCUGUUGAGAUGCAGGCCAGUAAGUACGGAGAUGGUGGCGAGGUGUCGCUGGAUAGGGAUGGACAGCAGACAUUUACGUCGCCGGGACGAUGAACGAGACGUCGAGACCAAUUCUGCCUCGUUCAAACCUGUAACAUGUGCAUGCA